UGUUUUUUAAUGAAUUGUUUUUUCUCUCUUUUCCCCUGGCAGGACCUGCUGGUCUCGGUCCUGGUGGCCGCCCUGUGGCUCGUGGCCUCCUCAGCCUGGGCCCAGGCCCUGGGGCACGUCCGGGCCUCGGCCACCGCGCCCCUCCCCCACUGCGACCCCCCCCGCGUCACCUGCGACCCCUCGGGCCCCACCCCCAUGGGGGGGCUGGGGGCCUCGGUGGCCUUCGGCUUCCUCAACCUCCUGCUCUGGGCCGGCGGCUCCUGGUUCGUCUUCAAGGAAACCCCGUGGCACCGGCCGGCCCCGCCCCCCGGCCCCGCCCCCGCCUGACCCCGCCC